AUGUCGGCAAAAACUACCACGCCCACAGUGACACCAUGGGCCAACAAGAGCGAGUUUUUCGAGCUCAAAAACUGGUUUUUUCCGGGGCUGUCCGACCCCGAAGCCGCCACAGCCUCCAAACAGCGCGCCAUUGCCCGAACCAAGGCGUAUAUGAUCCGGGGCAACGUUCCGCACGCCGUCGAGUGCACGGGAAUGUUAGUCAGCGCCCAGAUCGAAGACACGCCCUCCGCCAACGCCAUUUCGACCCGUCUCGCCAUGUCUACAGCGGUCAUCAGAUUUGUGAACGGAAUGAUUGACCCCCAUCAAAACGGCAGCUACGUGAUCCCCAUGCAGGUAAUUGCACGUGAAAUCGGUCUUCCGGUCUUUCUGGUGGAUCUCAGACACACGUGCACCCACGAGACGCUGCCCAGUUUGCGAGAACUGCGUGCAGGGGUCGACGAGGCCGUCACAUGGCUCCACACCAACUAUUGGAGUGUCCGGGGCGCUGAAGCCAACGAGUCCGCAACGCCGGCGGCUAACUCGGACGAAAUCAAGGAGAUAUUCCGCCAAUGGCGCCGUCUCUAUCGCGAUAACCGGGACUUAAAGGCGCUCAAGGACCUGUCCAAUCCGGGCUCCAAACCGGAAAUGCGGUUUGCUUUUUUGGCCAAACAGAUUGUGCUAUAUUACAGCUCCGAUCCCGCUACUCUGUUUGCCACCAUGGUCCACCAAAAGGUGAUGCAUACCAAGAACCAGAUCAACAAGGCUCUUUUGUUGCCCAUGCUGAAAUCUCUACCCAGCGAGCUCCUCUCAGAUUUGUUUCUGUACAUGUUUGACGAGGCCGAGAGAGUCGACAAGCAUCAGACAUUGUCCGAAGAGCUCUCUCUCAACGCCAACCCAGUUGCGGAGUGGCUCGAGGUGUUUGUUGAACAGGACAUGCUGUCCAACGGCCAAAAAACAAUGCUCACAUGCUCCCGAAGCCUGGGAAGAACGGCCCUGAACCUGCUUGACAUCUAUCUGAUGCAUAAAAACGACCCCAAAAUUGAAAGAAUCCGCCAAACAAUGCGCGACGUGGUCCUCAGUGGAGAAGCAAGACUCGAAACAGCUAUUGAAACCCAAGAUAUGGUCCGGUUGGCAAACGAGUACAAACAACGCGUCAUGAAAGAGAACCGAAAGCGGACUGGAGGAGACUUUGUGUCUCUCGGAGCAGAAGAGGUGGAAAAUGAUCAACAGGGACCUUUCAAACGAGUCAGAGUGAAAUAG